AUGAGAUUCGACCGAUUGUGGCCCGUUCUCUAUUCCUUAUUUGCGGCGGCCUCGGCCCAAUUCAUCAGCGGUCUGACUUUUGAUAGCCGCGAUGAAGUGAGUCUGGUUUGGGCGUUCGAUGGCCAGACAAGGUCCUAUGACUUCUACCUGUGUGCCGGUGACGAGUCAACGGGCUUAUAUGAGUCUUUGGCGCGAGUGAUCACAGAUGGAACCUUCAGACCUGGAGACUUAGUGUCCUUCCGAAUCGACCCAAGCGUGGGUGGGAAUGAUCCUGAUGCAUACUUCCUCAAGGUGGUUCCGUCAGACCCCAAGGAGCAAUGGUCCGGAUUCACCUCGCACUUCACUCUGACCAAUAUGGAAGGCACUUUCUCCAUCAACGUGCUUAAUGCGGUCAAAUCAAUGCAGCCUGUCCCCCUACCCUUGAUCCCUAUAGGGGACGUCAACCUGCUCGACACAGCUGAACAACCUCCAAGCUUCAAAGGCUCAGCACUCAACGGCGGAAUCGGGGAAGACACGACCGAGCCAUUCCUGCAGUUCCCGACACCGACUAUUCCAACCGAGCUGGACCGCAAUGAGCUACGAAAGCGUUGGGCUGUAGACCCACACACCAUCCCCUAUGGAGAGCAGACUGGCCCGACCAAGUAUGCCCCCGUGCCGAAACGAGCGGGCACUACCAUUGCCAACAAAUCACCCACCCCUCAAUACCCGCCCUUCCCUUUCACCAUUGCCACCACCUAUCUUCCGGCCCCGACUGUCCAGUACACCGACACGGCGUACCUGACCUGGACUACGCAGAGCAUUGAGAACACGGCUGCUCCCGCGGCCGCUCCUACGCUGAACAAGAGAAUGCAGCAAUGGUUGGAGCGUUGGACGGAUUGA